AUGAAUGCUGUUAAAGCAAAAUUAAUCUCAGCAACAGACAAUCAACCUAAUAAAUUAGUUUAUAUUAAUCAAUCUUCUUCUAGAUCAUUUGGAUCUGAUGAUUGGAAAGUAUUGAGUUCUAAACUUUCUCAAUGGUCUGAUUCAAUUGAUAAUCUAAUUGAAGUUGUUGGUCAAAGUUUAAAUGAUGUGAAAUUGUUAGUGUGA